AUGAUAUCUCAGUCAGAUUCUACAUCUUCAACCAGCUCUCUUUCAAGUAAUCAUAACUCAGAAUCCGAAAAACCACCAAUAUAUUCGGUCGAAUCGUUCUUAGAUGGAUCAACCCUUUAUCCUACCCCUCGAUCAGUCCAUACGGAUGUGGAUUCGGAAGAUAUCUCGGUCAACAAGCCAUCAGGAAAGAUCACAUCAUUUGAAAAGAAGCUUGAUCCAACACUCUAUUCCGUUGACAUCCUUGCCAAAACUGACGAUGCUGGCUACCUCGCGCCAUGGAAACGUCGUCUCUACCGUCUCUCGCCACUUUCUACGCUUCUCUCCAUGGUUGCGUAUUUUACAUACUUUAUAUAUCGGAUCAGUUGCACGGUCAUCGCCCAACGAGUAUUUCAUAAGACGUAUAUAAUGGCUUGGGUGUUCAUUGCUGCAGAAGCCUGCGUUGCUUAUCCAACCAUAUUCCAUCAGUUCUACCAAAUGCUAUCGAUUCGUCCUCGUCGUCGUCCUAGGCUUCGCCUCCUGGGGGAUUAUGUCCCAACGAUUGACGUUUUCAUCACUUGCUGCAAGGAAGAUAUCGAUAUUGUUUUAGACACUACCCGUGCCGCUUGUGUUUCUGAUUACCCCCAAGAUCGCUUUCGAGUCGUCGUCCUGGACGACGGUAAGGAUGCUGAGUUGGAGAAGGCCGUUAGGGACUUGAGAAUGGAGUAUCCAAACCUGUACUAUCAUGCUAGAACGAAGAUUCCCGGCGUACCUCAUCAUUUCAAAGCUGGGAAUCUGGCUGGCGGGACUGAUUUUGUCACAACAUUGGAUGGAGGUGAAGGGGAGUAUAUUGCUGCUUUGGAUGCUGAUAUGAUACCUGAGCCUCAGUGGCUACGUGCUCUUGUCGCUCACCUUAUCAAUGAUGACCAAUUGGCUCUCGUUUGUCUUCCUCAGAUGUUUUACAAUAUUCCAGAAGACGAUCCACUUUGCCAGUCGCUCGAUGGUUUCAUUCAUGUUAUGGAAACUACUAAGGACGCAAAUGGCGUUGCCUGGUGUACCGGUUCUGGCUACGUUAUCCGUCGCAAAGCACUGGAAGCCAUUGGUGGUUGGCCUGUAGGAUCUCUGGCUGAAGAUGUAUACACCUCGUCUCUCCUCCUCGGCCAUGGUUGGAAGACAGCCUACUGUCACGAGCCGUUACAAUUCGGAACCGUGCCACCGACCCUAACAGGACACCUACAGCAGCGGACCCGUUGGACCCUCGGUACCCUCCAGACGGCCGUCAAACUCAACUUCUGCCUCUUCGGAAAAGAGGUCAAGCAAAUGUCGUUCCUUGCCCGGCUCAGCGCAACCGCCUACGCCAUCGACGCCUUCUUCAAGGUCUUCCUCCUGAUGGCCCUCUUCACCAUCCCUGUUGUCCUCAUCUCCGGCGGACAGCUAGUCGCUUACACCAGCCACACGCAACUACUCUGGAAAAUCCGGCUUUGUUUCAUCUCAUUAAUACUCACCCGACUCAACGAAUGGAUAUCCUUUAUCCCCUCUGGCUACCGCCUAGCACAACGAGACUCAUACGCCCAAAUGUGGAUGGCGCCCUUCCACGCCUUAACAGUUAUCCGCUCCUUUCUCCUCCCCUCCUGGCUUGGCGGCCGCACCAUGGGCUUCUCCUCCUCCGGCUCCAUCAAAUCCUCGCUCAACGAGCGCGAUCCUCAGACACGAGCGCCCCUCGCUCGCCGCCUCUACGUCAUGCUCUGGCACUACAAGCUCUGGAUUCACCUUCUCUACGCCGUCUUCCUCGUCGUAGCCGUAACACGCAGUUCCAUCGUCGGCACCGUGCGCGCGACCACCCCUCACGCCCGGCUCCUAUACCUCUUCACCCACGCCUUCUGGCCGCCGGUCAUGUGGCUUCUCGCGCUGACAGGCUUCCUGACGCCGAUCCGCUACGCGAUCUGGCCGCCUGACAUGCCGGCGCGGGAAGAGCUGCUAGACCGCGAUCCAAAGACGGGCAUUGCGAGGCCAAAGGAGGAGUGGAAGAGGAAGAGGUAUAGGCGCUGGUCGGUGUGGCAUGAGUUGCAGUAUUCGGGAAUCACGAUCUAUACGGCGGUUGUGUUUGUGGGCUCUUUUUUUGUUGAUUGGUUGGGUUGA